AAGCAGACAAUGCAUAUAUUUUUUAAAAAGUUUGGAAACACCCAAAAUGAAGCUCAAACACCUAUCUAUUUUAUUUUUACCACUACUUUACUGUACAGUUUCUUGUGAUCUAGUAGUGUCUAGUACCGAAUCCCCCAAACCAGAAAACAACACAACUAGUCAUAAUGAUUCCCAAAUUAUCCCUGAAAUACACUCUAUGCACGUUUAUUCAAACAUAAGCAAUCGUUAUGCAACAACGCUCGUUACAACUAGGGUAAGAAAUUUAAAUAAAACAGCGGCGGCAGCUACGUUUUCGGUUCUGUUGCCUGAAAAUGCUUUCAUGUCAGCGUUUGAGAUGGAAAUUGAUGGAAAAUUAUACAAGGGUCAUGUGGAAGAGAAGGAGAAAGCGACACAAUUGUAUCGAAAGGCGGUGUCGAAAGGACAAAGUGCAGCUCGUGUCGAAUUCAAUGCAAGGGAUUCGAAAGUUUUCACAUUUUCGGCAAACUUAAAGCCUGAAAGCAAUGCCACAUUUAGGCUGAUUUACGAAGAGUUACUCAGGCGCCAGUUUGGACAAUAUCAGCAUGUUAUUAAUAUCCAUCCUGGCCAAAUUGUGGAUGACCUUUAUGUCAAAAUUCAUAUCAACGAAAGCAGACCAUUAAAAUUCGUUAAUACUCCCUUCCUGAGAACAGGAAAUGAGAUUGGUAAUAAUGACGACAAAGUUUAUUUUUCGGGAAAAAUGCAAGUUGAGUCAACUUUGGCUUUUAUGGAAUUCAAGCCUGAAAAAAGCCGGCAAAGCCAAAUUGGCCAACUUUUGGGAAACGGUAACAAAACUGGAAUCGCUGGACAACUCGUAGUCGAAUACGAUGUCGAAAGGGACUCUCACGGAGGAGAGAUUUUAGUACAUAACGGAUAUUUUGUCCACUUUUUCUCCCCUUCGGGCCUCAAACCUUUGCCUAAACACGUGGUGUUUGUCCUAAACCACGGACUUACGAUGCACGGACGAAAAAUCGAUCAGUUGAUUGACGCAAUGCAAAAGAUUUUAUCCGAAUUAACCGAAAAUGAUGCUUUUGAUAUUGUGCGUUUUGGAGCCACGCCUUCAGUGUGGGAUUCAACACGACAUAAAUUUAUCCGACUUCCAGAUUUACGUCAUUAUGGAAAUCUUGAACCUUACGUAAAAAAACUAUUUCUACCACGGACGUCUAAAGCUGUGAGACAAAACAUUGAAGCGGCUAGAAGCACAAUUUACGACAAGUCGGGCUUGGGGCUUUCUAACCCAGUCUAUGCGUUGGAAGUUGGCUUAUUCCUGGCCAAGAGAAUUCAAGACAAUUUGCCUAACAGAUACCAACCCAUGAUUAUAUUUUUGACUGACUCUUACCCCACUGUUGGGAUGACAUCUCAAAACGAAAUCAUAAAUACCGUAACGAAAGUUAACAACAACCGAAUUCCAAUUUUCUCUCUGUCGUUUGGGGAAGAUGUCGAUAAAAAUUUCAUGAGGCAACUGGCGGCCAAAAAUUUGGGCUUUUCGGGUCACAUUUAUGAAGCUCUGGACGCUUCAGUCCAAAUACUAAAUUUCUAUCGUUCGAUUUCAUCACCUGUUUUGAGCCAAGUGAAUUUUAAAUACCUGGAUGGUGUAAACAAUGUAACAAAAACACACCACCCUUUAGUUUUCAAAGGGUCCGAACUGGUUGUGGCUGGGAAAAUAAAUGGUAGUUCUCAAAUUUUAAGUCAUGUCGAAGGCUGGUCUAAAACUGGGUUUGUUAAAUUUAACGCCACAAGGACCGAAACUGUUAAUUCUUUAGAAAGGGUUUGGGCGUAUUUAACUAUUAAACAAGGUUUAGAACAGAGGGGAUUUGAAGACAAUGUUUUAAGUCCAACCAAGCAAGCGGUUAAUAUUUCAUUGAAAUACUCGUUCCUUUCUCCUGUCACUGCCGAAAUUGUUAAUGAAACUGUUGUUGAAACCGAAGUGGCGACGGUAAAACAAGGUUUUCAGCCAAACCAAGUUUCAGAAAUUUCGGGUGUUGAUUUGUUACGCUUGUUCGAAGGCCAUAAAACGCCCAAAAGACAAUGGACGCCGAUAAUCAUUGUUGAAGAAAUGCCUCAAACGCUUUCAGGAUGGCAACGCUUAAUCCCCGCUCAAAAUAUUCCUGAAAGACAGUGGGGACCGAUACCUCCAUGGCUAGGAAUCCCUGUUGAAGAAAGGCGACCUCCUCAUCAAGUUGAAGACUUCAAUAAAGCUCCCGAGCCCAGGUGGAUUCAAGACAUGAUAGAACAUAAUAGACAUCAUAUUUUUACUCCACUAGGUUUACUUAAACUGAGUCGAAGUGCCGAUGUAGUAAUGCACCCCCAGUGUCCCAAAACACCAAGAGGAACUGCUGGAAAAUGCGUAAAUGUCUUUGAUUGCCCUGAAAUUUUCAACGAAAUAAAUGACUUCGACGUAUAUUUGCAAUAUUCUUGCCGUUUGGACAAGUAUGCUGGCGUCUGCUGUCCGACCAAAGAGCCUUUAUUUAUAUAUUAAAUGCUUUUUUGUUGAAUUUUGUAUAGACAGACAAUUGACAAAAUAAAUCUUUACCCAUA